UGAUUUCACCACUGUCUACUAAGUACUACAGGCCGGGGUGUGUUUCAGCUGAAACUUACCACACGUUGCGACACUGCGCACAUUUCAUUAUUCAAUAUUCAUCAAUUUCCACAAGAAUAUCAGGGAAAUCAGAUGGACUUCCAUGAAUCCUCGGGACCACUCUUCUCAAUGAACGGAAUUCCUCUUGCUAGGAGGUCGGCCUCUACCCCGAUCUCUAACUCAGAUGCUGUAGAGAGUUUGCUAUUGUUAGGGAAGAAACCGGUUAUUUCUAUGGAUCAUCAGAUAAGUUUGCCUGCUUUUCAGCGUUCUUCCACGUUACCAGAACAUAGUAAUCAUGGUGAUGCCGGGUUGAUGGUGAACUACUAUCAAAAGAUGAGAUUAAGGAACAAUGAAGCAAGCAAGAGAUGCCGGCUCAAGAGAAGAAUUAAACAGGAGAGCUUAGAGAAAACCAGACUACUGUUAGACAGGCAGAGGAUAAUCUUGAGCCAGAGAUUGAACAGAUUGAACAAAAUCAAACUUAUCCUUGGCGAGGCGUGCAAGGAAUUAAACACAAAAUCUCCUGGUCGAUGCAAUUGCAUUGCUUACUGCAAAUCUAUCCGGGAGAUCAAGGAUGAGAUCUUGGAGAAGAAUGACAUCAGCAACAGUGUACUUGUCAGAGAUUCUAAGUUGUUGCGAAACACUAAUCUAGAAGAGGUAUUGGGAGCUGACCUUAGUUCAGAUACACUCAGACCGAUGCGUCGCGGUCCCAGGAAGCAUGAUUAUGAUAGUUUGCUUGGAGCAGAUCUUAGCCUAGGAUCCAGUAUCCAUGAUACUGAUGCUUGGAGCAUAGAGACUGAUGGAGCUUCUAGCUCCGGGAGCACAAGGAGUAGGAGUAGUAUGAGUAGGCAGGAGGCUACGGAGGACGAUGGUAUUAUUAUAUUAAACUCAAGAAUGGGCGGUACCAUGGUUGAAAGGGCGGAGUCCAGAGAAGCCUUAGAUCUUUCAAGCUGUUCUUCUAAGAAAGAGAUGAACUCGUUGUCUGCUCGGGCAGCUAGCUCUGAGACCCAGCAGCUGGUCAGUCUACAGGAGGAGAAUAGGAAACUUGUCGCAGAGAGAACAGUGCUACAAACACAGAUGUCCGAGUUCGAUCCUCGUCGAGUUCCUAUCUCUAGGUCUUUACCUCUGCUUGCACCUAAACCGGGAAAUAAUUCUGUCUUCACAAACAACUCUCAGGUGCCCAGGAGUUCUGUAAUACCGGGAUUCAACCCUGCAACUAUUAUUCUUACCCCUCUCACCUCAGACAUUCCUUCAACCAUCCUAACCAUCCCCUUACCUUCCAGGGUUCCCAAUUCAGAUUCUCUCUCUGAUGGGGAUGAGAAGAUUAUGCCCCAAACUGGCGAAUAUUCAGACGGCAAUGGUUUACAAUUAUCCCCCGAGUCUCAGGGUUUCAAUUCUCUCCCACCAUCCCCUCCUCAGCUUAGAAUAGUGGAGGAGAAACUAGAUUUGGAGGAUAUUAAAGAAGAGUUUGAGAUAAAUGAAAGGACUGCUGAUGAGGCUCUUGAUGAUAUCAAGAUGGAUACUCAAGAAGCAGAAGAGAAAAUAGAAGGGAUGACGGUUUAUCUUAAACCUUUUAAGGAGGAAGAGAACCAAUCUAUUAACCCACAGAGUGUGGAAUCUCAGAGUCAGGAGUUCAACAAUAGUGGUCAUUUUGAUCUUCCACACUGCGCUGCUGGAAACGGUGAUACGAGUAGUUGUUCCGGAGAAUUGUUUGACCUAAACGCACUCAACCAAUCCCUGAAUCUUCUUGAUAUGAAGUAUAAAACUGCAGGACCCCUAACUACACCGGAGAAGAAUGUGAUCAAGAGUAGACUGGGUCUGGCGUACUGGAAAGCAGAUGAGAGUCCGACAUGGAUAUGCUCAUAUCACAGACAUGAAAUCGUGCAUUUGAUGGAUACUAAAUCCUGUUCUCAAUGUGAACGGAAGCGCACAAACAAAGGAUCUGGUAAAAUGUUUGUGAUCACAUACAGGAUGGGUUUAGAGCUGUACAUGAUGCGGGGUAAAUAUUUGAAGAUAGGUCUACUCGUCUGUCAACAGUGUAGGAUAACAUCAUUAAAGGACUUAGAUUUCUCUGACAGUGUUUGCGUUGACGAUGAAGGAGUUGGGUUGGAGAAAAAUCCGUUUUCACUUCCUUCCUUUGCUGUUACUUCUCCUCCCUCCUCAACCCUUCUUCCUAGGGUUCUCUCUUCUCGUCCCUCCUCCACCCUUCUUCCUAGGGUUCUCUCUGCUCCUCCCUCCUCUACCCUUCUUCCUAGGGUUCUCUCUUCUCCCUCCGCUUCCAUUUCUCGAGCCAUUUCUUCCCCUUCCCUCGCUACCACCUCGCUAUCUAGUUCUACUUCUGGAUUUUCAUUUCCACAAAAGAUUAUCAAAGGAAAAAGUGUAUCCUCGAAGAACGACGAAACUGAAGUAAUAACUGGCUCAGAACCUUCUUGGCAAGAUUUAAUAUUCACGAAGAUUGAAAAUUUGAAUGAGAGCUUGCAAGCAAUCAAUCCAAGAUAUAAACCCCUGGGCUUCUCAAUAACUAACCUAGAUUCACUGAGUGCUGGAGUACUGCAGGAUGCUGUAGAUGCAACUAGGAUAGCUCUUCAGACGGUUUUAACUUCUAUAGCUCCUGGACAUGAAGCUGAAUUAUGGUCAGCUGUAAAACCUGGAUUAGAUGCAAGUUUACUGGGUCCACCAAAUUCAGAUGGUUAGACGUAUUUCUUUGAUAAUGUUUUUUUUUCCGGCAUAGUAAAACAACGAUUCUAUGUUUAGAGUUUUUUUUUAGGUGUAAGUACACAUUUACCAAAAUAGAAAUUCCAGUGAAUUCAUUUUGUAUGAAACCAUACAAUUAGAAAGCGACAAGAAUUAAUUGUUCAUAAAGAAUUGAGUCAAUUAUUUUUAUUAAUUACUUGUUUGCUCAAAUAAAAUAAUAGCUUAUA